GUUUUUUUUCCUGCUGAAGGUAAACAAAUGGACUCAGCGGCAGUUUGCGAUAAAAAUAUGAAAAAUGUGAACGAACCGCGCGGAUUAAAGCGAGUGAAAUGCCCGGACAGAAAAGAAAAUAUAAUGUACGGUUCCCUCCUGGUCGCAUCAAAAAGAUCAUGCAGAAGGACACAGAGGUGGGGAGGAUUGCGAUGGCGGUUCCUGUGAUCAUCUCUCGAGCGCUGGAAAUCUUCCUCAAGUCUCUGCUCACCAAGAUCUGUGUGAUAACUCGGGGGGAGCUCAGCGCCGUCGUGUCCGUCUCUCACAUGAAGCAGUGCAUCGAGUCGGAGGAGCACUUCCACUUCCUCAGGGACCGGGCGGAGCAAGCCGCAGCUAAGGCAAGCCAGAAGGACAAAAGAGGGAUGAGCAUGUGGCCGAUGUACAGGACCAACUGGCACGACGUAUCCGUUAAGAAGAAGGCCGACGUGGUUGAAGCGGCGCCUCGACGGAGCCUCGACUCCCUGGACAACGACUCCAGCUCCGGGGAGUCGGAGCUCUUCAUCUGCCUUUGAGUGAAUGGAGGACGGAGCUGUGCCCUGACUGCAGCAAAUCAUUUCAUCAUGGCACCUUUUUUUUUUUUUUUUUUUUUUUUCCAUUUUUCUCUUAAUUUUAACUUUGCUGGUCCAGGUCACAAUUAUUAUAAAAAAAAAACAUUUUAUUUGUGUGUUUAAGUUAUGUUAGACCUUUGGCUGAAAGUUUUUUUAAUUUCAUUUUGAAAAAAGAAGACAUGUUGUAGAGAAGCCCAUGUCCUUUGUAGCAGUAUUUGAAUGCUCUGUAAGUAUAAUGAACUUAAAAUGUGCAAUUUAAAUCGCUUCAGACUUUUACAUUUGUCUUCUUCAUUAGUUGAAAGGAACGUUAUGUAAGGCUCUGGUCAAAUUUUUACAAUUUUGAUAGUAAUAGAGAACUAAAUCCCAGGUUGCCAUUCAAACUAAACUAAGGGCUUGUUCGGAGUGUUCAACGUUUUAAAGACAGUAAACCUAUUGCAUAUGAAAUCAAAUUGUAAAUAAAUAAUUUAAUUUCAGCUUCUGUGAAUUCCUGUUCAAAGACGUGCUCACAGCAAUACAAACAAAUCAAGAGCAUACAGGGAUUGGUUUAUUCCAAUAAACUAAUCUUUUUACAUGGUGAAGGGAUGAAAAUGAAUAAAUAGAUGCAUUUUGUUCUGAAAACUUUUACUGAAAAAUCUACAUUUUGAAGCCAAAUCUAGCAAAGCGUCUCGAGUUACUACGCUAGCUGGCUGCAUGAGGAAUUGAAACAUCCAUUUUCAUUUCAACAAACACUCGCGCCGAGGUUCCUGCUGAUGGUCCGAGCGGAUCUCAUCUUCCUGACAGACGGCGGGCUCGUUCUGAGCAUCGAGUCUCAAUUAAACAACGAGAGAACAUCACUGCUUAGCUCUAAGUGACAGACUUUACGAGUACAGUUCAUAUCCGGUAGUCAUUCCUCGGUCUGGCAGUUUGAAAUUAAACAUGCAUCUUCACUACAGUUACACUUGAAGAGUAAAA